AUGUCUGAGGGUUUUUUCAUGUGCAAAAAGACUGUUCACUUCCAGCUUACUGUCCUUAUCAUGAUGCUGCUGUUGGUCAUAGCUGGAGACACUGUAAGAAAUUCUGAUUUAUCCUCUUCACAAAGUGACAUCAAAGAUCCUAUACUGCAGUCCAAGCGGAAGUCUGUUUCCUUAUCAAAAUGGCGUUCUGGAGUCACUCUGGCCGACUCCUCUUUAUUACCAGUGCCAGAGCCGCUUACCAUUAAUGUCACUCCUUGCACUGACUUCCAAGGCCCACCAAAGGCCUACAGAAACCAGUCGAAUCCUCGAGGUGCUCUUUUCCUUGCGAAUUAUUGGAAGUUCUCUAAUCCGGAAAAGAAACCGAGGCUGGGUUCGGACUUGGAUUCGAAGCACAUACUCGAACUCUUUAGUCAGAUGGGUUACAGUGACAUUAAAGUGAUUCUGGAUGCCACGAGAAAGCAAACAUUGGCAGCACUUCAGCAGUUUAAUAGGGAGAAAAUACACAGCAAUGUCGACUCUCUGGUAGUGGUAUUCAUGAGCCAUGGGGUGGGUGACAUGAUGCAUGCUUCAGAUGAAGAGUUCAUUCGAGAUGAGGAAGUCAUCGAGUUCUUCGACAGUAUCAACUGCCCCGCACUUAUAGGGAAACCUAAACUUUUCAUCUUUCAGCACUGUCGUGGGCCAGGAGAACACAUCGCGAUUACCAAAGCAACGACUGAUUCCAAAUGUAAGGGUGAAACUUCUGUUCAAGUGAAAUACAUUCGGAGGAAAAUAUCUGAUGUUUAUAUUUGCUAUUCAACUAUACCGGGCUUUGUGUCCUAUAGGUAUGACCAUCAUGGGUCCCCUUAUAUCAACACAAUCUGUAGAGUUUUCAUGGAGGAAGCUCACCGCACAGAAUUGGAUGGUCUUAUGAAACAAGUAGAAAGAGCACUCCCAGAGGCACAAGGCGCAGAAAUACGAAAAUUGAUGUUCAAAGUGGGAUUUUUAUUUCAAUCGUAUUCCAGAGAAGAGAGAAAUUCAGUAAGAAGUAGAGACGCCUUGGAUAACGGGGAGACCUACAGGACCACAAGCUCACCAAGGGGCCAUGUCCUCAUUAUUAACGAUCUUGAAGGUUGUGAGGAAGAUAUCGAGAAAUUACAAGAAAUUUUCAGAACACUUGGAUUCAACGUUCUCCCGCCCUGCAGAAAUCUCAUGAAGGAAGAGAUGAAGAAAAUACUUUGCGACUUUUCCAAAAGACAUCACCAUGAUUCGGCAGUUGUCAUAUUCUAUGGGGCAGGGAACGGGGACUACCUAGUGUCAAGUGACCAGAUAGCAACAAGUUUUGGGGAGUUCACAAGAAUGUUUAAUGAUAUCAACUGUCCAAACCUAGCUGGAAAGCCAAAACUGUUCAUUCUGAAUACGUGCUUCACUGAAGAGUUCAGGCCAGAGGAGUUACAUAACAGUGAAAUGGAGGUUACAGAGUUGAGUUACCAGCAAGGUAUAGAUGAGCAAACUGGGCUGAGUAUAGAUGGAAACACCGAGUUAGACAUGGCACAAAGCACACUGUAUAUUCCUGGUGAGCGUGAUAUGUAUCUGUUAAUUGUAGAAGUUGAUGGACAAUGUAAUGAAGGAUCAUUGUUAACAAAAGCAUUGUACCAGGUUCUUCUCAAACAUGCCUGUGACAAAGAGCUCAUGACACUGACCAAAAUGAUCCUACACAUGUUAGAAGAUCUACAGAAAACAAAAGGUGGAGAUCAGUACUACCUUGAGGUAAGGACCAUGAAAUUCUUGCGCGACUACUACUUCAAUCCUCCAAAAGCUGCACAACCUCCAUCCCCUCCACCCAGACACCGGGAAAUUUACCUUGAAAGAGGCUACUUCCCCCAGAAAAGGCUGAGUGUGAAGCAAGUGAAGCAGCCCCGAAAUACCCACUCUGAUUACAGGAACUGGUCACGACCUCAUGGUCUGGCGCUCAUCAUUUCUUUUGACAAAUACAAAAGCGAAGGGCUACCAGACUGCCCAUGGCGACAGUACAAUGCAAAAAUGAUGUCACAGCUUUAUAGUGCCAUGGGUUACAGGACACAAAUGUGUAGUAAUCCUACGAAAUCUGAGGCCAAAUCUUGCCUGGAAGAAUUCUCAGCAAGGAGGGAACAUUCAGACCUCGACUCAGCGGUUGUCAUUAUCUUAGGCCUUGCUAAAGACAGCAAUAACUUCUACUGUGGAGAUGGAGAACCUCUUCAUUUAUCAGAUAUUUAUUUCAUUCGGAAACCCCCGGGGCCCCAUCAAAAGUUCAGCCAAAAUCUCUCACUGCGGCCCCCAGCCAGGCAGAAGAAACAGCUCCUAAGUGGAAUUUUAGGGGGUAUAACCCCAAAGGCCCUAUCUCCCGGUCAGAUUUCUGAAAUUUCCCUCAUCUUGCACCUCAUACUUCCCCGUCAUCAGGGGAAAUUAAUUGAUUUGACACAAAAUAAUCUUUGGCCCGGGGGGCCCCAAGCGGGCCCGACUCCACAAAAAUUUGCCCAUUGA